AUGUUUUUAAAAAUGGUAUGUUUCAUUGUAUUUUUAACUGUUUCUAAAAUACAUUUUUCAAAAUCGAAAGAUGUUACAAAUGCAGUGUCAUUUGAAAGACUAGAAAUACAAACAAAAAAAGAUAAACCAUCUCAUGAAAGUGAAUGGAUAGAAGAAUGUAAAUGUGUUAUGAUAUCUGAAUGUAUAUCUGAUAAAAAUGAUGCAUCAAUUAUAGAUAUUAGAAUAAUCACAAAACCAGAUAAAUGUCCACCUGGAAAAAUCUAUUGUUGUUCUGACCAAUCGUUGGAAAAUCCUUUAAUAAUGUGCGGAGAGGUGAAAUCACUAGAUAUUGAUGGGAUAAAAAUCCACCCGGAUCAGGCUAAAUUUGGUGAAUUUCCAUGGCAAGCUUUAAUUUUAACAACUGAAAAUUCAUUUGUCUCAAAUGGAGCUUUAAUAGACAAUAAACAUAUUCUUUCUACUGCUCACUUUUUGACUAGUUUCUCUAAGAACUUCAGUACUCUGAAAGUGCGGUUAGGCGACUGGGACAUCUACAGAGACAUAGAGCCUCAGCCGCACGUCGAAAGGCCCGUGGCCAGCAUUACGAUCCACCCAGAGUAUUCAGCUUCCAACAUGCAUAACGACAUCGCAGUGAUUACAUUGUCGGGCGCUCCGGUAUUUUCCACAGGCCACGUGAGUCCGGUGUGUUUGCCGCCAAGACUGCCGGCAGAUCAGUGGACCAGUUGCCGGGUAUCCGGUUGGGGUACGGAGAGAUUCGACCACCCGCGGUAUCCGGGCGUGCUCAAGAAGGUGCCGGUGCCGCUGUGGGAUCGUCAACGGUGCGUCGAGAGCCUGAGAACCACAAGGUUGGGUGCCGCGUUCAAGUUGCACUCGGGAUUCUUGUGCGCGGGUGGCGAGGAAAACGAGGACGCGUGCAAGGGUGACGGAGGUUCACCUUUAGUGUGUGAACAUAAUUCUGUUUCAUAUAUUAUUGGACUAGUAUCUUGGGGAAUUGGAUGCGGAACUCCAUCAAUACCUGGUGUUUACAUUGACGUCAGCACUUAUAUUACUUGGAUUGAGAAACAGUUAUGAAAUGGAAAAAUUCUAUUAUUUUUUAAAUACAUAUUGUUUUAAUUAAUCCGGUAUUAGCUAAGGUAAAAA